CAGGAUGCGUGGUUGUGGUGUCUCAGAUGAAGGCUGCGUUGCUCUAAUGUCAGCACUGAGCUCAAACCCCUCACACCUGAAAGAACUGGAUCUGACCUGGAAUAAAAUCAGAGACUCAGGAGUAAAGAGUCUCUCUGCUGUACUCGAGAAUCCUCAUUGUGAAAUGGAGACAAUGUGGUUGUGUGAUUGUGGUGUCACUGAUGAAGGCUGUGCUGCUCUGAAAUCAGCUCUGAGCUCAAACCCCUCACACCUGAGAGAACUGGAUCUAUCCUGGAAUAAAUUCGGCGACUCAGGAGUGAAGCAGCUCUCUGUUUUACUGGAAAAUCCCCACUGUAAACUGGAGACACUGAGGUUACAGUAUUGUGAUAUAUUGGGUGACGGGUGUGCUGCUCUGGCUUCAGCUCUGAGAUCAAACCCCUCACACCUGAGAAAACUUGAUUUGUCUAAUAAUAAACUCGGAGACCCAGGAGUGAAGAGUCUCUCUGCUGGACUGGAGUAUCCUCAUUGUAAACUGGAGACACUUAGUAAGAUCAUCUCACUGAGAGUCACAUGA